CGGGCCGGUCGGGGUUAUGUACUCUAGUACUCUACGCGUGUAUCUGUGUACGUGAGAGUUCAGUGCAGAAAAAAGCGACUCUCGCGCGACCUUGCGAUGUUAUCAGGUUCUCUUGUAUCUUGCAUGCAUCUUGUUUGUGGCUUUCAUUUUGUGAUUCACUGGCUGUUUCGGAGGCAUUUUCGUGGAACCGGAUAGUGGUGUGCUGUGCUGUGUCCUAAUACCUGACUCAGGUAGUCCGCAACGUCCAGUUACUGUCAUUCUCUUCGCCUGGCAUCAUGAGUAUCUUCACUGGUAAGGACAGCAAAACAUUCAGGCCAAAGAAAAAUAUUCCCGAGGGAACUCACCAGUAUGAGUUGAUGCAGCAUGCGGCGGCAACGCUGGGAAGUGGCAACCUGAGGGAGGCCGUUGCACUGCCCGAUGGCGAAGAUGUAAAUGAGUGGGUAGCUGUAAAUACCGUGGAUUUUUUCAACCAGAUCAACAUGUUGUAUGGCACCAUUGCUGAACACUGCACUCCAGAGAGCUGCCCAGUGAUGUCAGCAGGUCCUAGGUAUGAAUACCACUGGGCUGAUGGGCAGAAUGUGAAAAAGCCAGUGAAGUGCUCUGCACCAAAGUACAUGGACUAUCUCAUGAGUUGGAUCCAGGAGCAGCUGGAUGAUGAGAGCAUCUUCCCAUCCAAGGUCGGUGUUGCGUUCCCAAAGAGCUUCAUGAACGUCGCCAAGACAAUCUUCAAGCGGCUGUUUCGUGUGUAUGGUCACAUUUACCACCAGCACUUUCAGUCAGUGAUCAGUCUUGGUGAGGAGGCACAUCUCAAUACGUCUUUCAAGCAUUACAUCCUCUUCGUGCAGGAGUUCAACUUGAUCGACAAGCGUGAGCUCCAGCCACUGGCCGAGCUGAUUGAGAAGCUUACAGGCAAGAACUAACAAUGUGUGCGUAUAUAUGUGUGAGUGUGUGUGUGUGUGUGUAUGUGUGUGUAUGUGUGAGUAUUUGUGAGAGUAUUUGUGAGAGUAUGUGUGAGUAUUUGUGAGAGUAUAUGUGUGUGUGUAUGCGUGAGUAUUUGUGGAGUAUUUUUGCGAGCGUGGGCGUGCUUGCAGGCACAAGCAGAAGACUACAUGUGUAUGUGUGGGUGUCGGGUGAUUGCAGGUCGGAGCCUGUGUGUGUACAGGUCUGCCCGUGUGCCUGUAUGUGCAUGCAAAUUGUGUGGACUUAUGCUGUGCUGGCGUCAACUCAUUUGCCACUGGUCGGGAUUCCCCUCUUUAGCUACACUGAUCACUGGCGAAUACAAUCUCGUUUUCUACCGUGUAACUGUUACUUUAUCGGUCAACUUUGAGACCACGAAUUCCUUCGUUUCGACUUAAUUUAUUCGCUGAUCUUUAGAAACCUAUGAAUGUUUCUUUGCUUUUAUCACAGUGCUUUCUGAAUUUUAAGCUUUGGUAAUUUUAAGCCUGGCACGUUGAGGUCUGAUUCUGCCAGGUAUCAUUGCUGCUUGAAUGCAUCUCCAAGCGCGGGGAAAUGCUAUGUUCAUUGCAGAUUUUGAAAAUCAUUGAAAGCGAAAAAUA